CAUCUUGCCAAAGAACCCGGAAGAGAACAGUGGUGACGUCACGCGCGUCUGCAGGUGCAGCACAGGUGUCUGACUUCCGCAGUGUGCGGUCUCCCUCUGACACGCGCGCGCGCAGGCGUGUCCUUCAGAUUAUUGCCUCGUCUGUGUUGCUGCAGCGCCACGACGUGGUUUCCACACGCCGAUCCUGAAUGCGCAUGUGUAGAGUGAGCAGGUUCUUUCCCAACAACGGUCCAGGCGUGUUGCUGCACGGGUGACCGCUGCUUACGACAGUCAAGAGAUCCGGAGUCUCGUGGAGGAGUCGGACCCAGGACACUGGGUGUGUGAAUGACAAGAGCGAUGACAUCACGACGAAGAGCCGCACGGUCAAAGACGGCGAGUCCUGCCGCAAGGGUCCCACAACAACAUGUUCCUGAGGAAGUCAAGACCCAGAACCGGACCAAAGCAGGCACAGGAAGUGACCCGGGACCAGCUGCUGGACUUCUCCAGGACUCAGAGGAGCUGCUUCGUGAAGAAUCAAUGGCUCCAGAGUUCAGAUCGCCAAGUGGUGAGAAAGCAAGCAGAGAGACUGGCGAGCAGCGCCCUGCAGGAGCAGCAGAGCGACAUGGAGGAGCGCAGGAAGAGGCUGUGGCGCCUGCUGCAGGAUGAGGAGGUGCAGCUCCUGCAGGACAUGGAGGGGAAGAGCAACAAAGAGACACCUGAAGAGAGACAAGCAAAGAUGGCAGAAAGAGCCAAGGCACUGCGGGAAAAACGAGAGACGGAAAGAAAACAGUUGGUGGACAACAAGCUGGACCAGCUGUUCAGGGAGAAGUGUCAGGAGCUGAGGAACAACCAGAGUCGGCAGUUGGCGCAGCAUGUCAGUGCAGACCGAGCAGGUCAGCUGCGCAGCCGGAAGGAGCAGCUGGAGCGUCUGCGCCAGGAAGACGACAUGUUCAACCGGCUGUGGGCUGCGGACGGGCGAGCGAAGGAGGAGCGAGAGAGGCAGCGGGUGCAGAAGGAGCAGGAGAGAGGAGAAGAGCUGAUGAAGGAGCUGAAGAUGCAGAUGGAGGCGUCUGAGAAGCAGAGGCGUCGUGACCGGGAGCUGAAGGAGGAGGAGGCCCAUCUGCUGAGGCAACAGCAGGAGGUGCUGCAGCUGCAGAUGCAGAGGGAGCAGCACCAGAAGCUGCAGCUGCAGGAGGGCAGACGGCAGCAACUGGACGAAAGUCUGCGGGAGAAGAUGCAGCGAGUGGCCAGGGAGGAGCAGGACGAGCUGCAGAUGGACCUCCAGGUCCUACAGCAGCUGCAGAGUGGCCACAACGAUCGUGCCGCAGCAGCAGUCAGGAAGGAGCGGUUGCGUGCAGAGCAGCUGGCAUUUCUCGGAUACGUGCAGGAGCAGCGGCGGCAGCAGGAGCAGCAGGACCAGGAGACGCAGCGCCUGCAGGAGCAACAGCUGUGGGAUGUCCAGCUCAGACAGGAGCAACAGAAGCAGCUGAAGCAGAAUGCUGGGCGCCAGCUGACCAGGGAUGUGAUGGACUCUUUUCACCUGCAGGUGGCACACAAGCGCGGGGAACGCACACUCCUCAGAGAGACGGAGCAGACACGCAGGCUGAUGGAGGAGCUGAAGCUGACAGAGGAGGAGAACCCGCCACACUCUGCCCUUCCUGUGACAUCACACUGACCAACACAUGCGCAGACGCAGCCGCAGACAUGAAGGAAGACCAGAUCCAGGAGUGUUCCUCCGUCCAGAGGAGGGGUGAUGUCAUCACUGCAUCAUCUUCACGUGUCACAGAUACAAAUAAACUCAUCCGUAUCUGUAUG